AUGCGCCAGUCGCCGCGCCUGCUAGGCAACACUGCGGGAAGGAGCGAUAGCGGGCGCCCUGAGCCAACCAUUACCGGCUCGCUACCACCGACUACACCGCACCACCCCAAAACCGGCGAUGCUCUCAACAACUUGGUUAUUGACCUCGAAGACAAGUGGCGACUAGGCCUCAGAGUCCGCGGACCUCUUUGGUCACCGCAGAAGACUGAGAGAACUCCUGCUGAGACCGUGUAUGGCCUCAUCAAGAGGCUCUUUUUCUCGGCGAGACCUGCGCUAGAUGCAGCUCUCGAUAACUUCAGAGAAAUAGCGCCCGCAUUUGAGCACAACAAGAGAUUGGACUUGUUGCAUGGGAUUCUGAAAAGCAAGACACUGUCACCCAUUUCAAGAACUAGCACGCCGCUGAAUGAGCCACCCAAAAGCUUAGGGUCCGUGCACAUCUCUAGUCAAGCUGCCCGACCCGGUGGCCUCUUUGACAACUAUAGAAGCGAUGCACACGAUUCCUAUCAGCAAGAUUCCUAUCAGACCGCGCUCCUAGACACCGGUUCGCCAACAGAUGCGGAAGAAGAUGACUUCUACACGCCUCCCUCGCCGACGAGGUCGACGGCAUCCGCACAACGACGCGAGGCAAGUCGAUCCAAUCCGAGGAAGCGUCCGUCAGACGGUUCAAAUCCCUCUGAAAGCUCGCCAAAAUUGACAAGGACAACGAGGAAACAGUCUAUCGAUCGAUUCCGCGUACCCCAAGAACCUGCUGUUCAAGACACCUUCAAGAAGCCGACCCUGCAGAUGGCGCGCUCCUUCCACCAGAACGAUACCAGUACUGUUGCACACUCGUCAUCGGCAAAUACAUCGUUCAACAAUCCAUCUGUAUUCUCUUCGCAGCAGACUACGAAUACCUCGUUCAACGAUAAGUCUGUGUUCUCUUCCCAGCAGACAGCCAAUACUUCCUUCACGACAGAUGGGAGUGGCGACGAGCCACCGACGAAUUGGCGUCCGAGGAAGAGCUCAACGAGCCUUGAGUAUUUGGGAGAUUCUGAGGCCAUAGCCGUUCUAUCAGCAAGUGAACGUGAGAUCUACGAGCAAGAGAAGCAGCGGGAGGCCGAUCGAAUAUUCUCGCAAGGAGCCAGCCGAGAGAGUAAUUCGACGUAUGGCUCGGUCGAUGAGGACUUGUUUUUGCACGCCGAGAUUGGCACAACCCGGAGAAGUGGCGCACCUCUGAAGCCUAAUAAGGAUACCAAGAGCCAUGAGUCCUUACAGUCCCCUGAUGUCACACCGGCCAAGCAGCCCCAUGUCGACACGCCACAUACGGAAACUCCAGAUGCUGUACAGACUGAUCUCAACGACUCUCCGUGGCGUGUGCCUUGGUACAUCCGCGAUCUUCCGUCAAGCAAUCUUUUCGUUGAUGAUCUGCCAAGCGAGCUGAACACAUGUCCAUACUUUCUAGCCUUCAUCGGUUGUCGACUCAGCUCAGUCAAUAAUGUCGCCAUAAGAGAAGUCUUGAGGCAUGUAGAUCUAUCCCGUGCCCGUGACGACCCGAGUCUGUUUUGGAGCAACAUCGGCGAGCACCUGAAGACGCAACCAUGCGAGUCGAACGAUGUUUGGGCAGCGGCCAAAAGGUCUUUCGAAGGCUACUCCUUCAAAGGCAAGCUAGGCUUUGAAAGCGCGCGGUCCGGGCCCGUUUUCCGGCUUGAACUCUUACCCAUCCAGAAAGAGAAGUCAAGUCUGUUCCAGCGCAUGUAUGGCUCUGACCGAUUUCUUUACCUGAUGUUCCCAUCUUUCCAGGACAAACCAGACCGAUUUACGCUUGCUCAGCUGCCAUUCCUCCAGACGCAAUGGAAGAUUUGGAUUACUCAACAUCAUUCGUUCCUAGGAAGGAAAUGGCGCGUCUUCCACGUGGAGCCCAUGAAAAGGAAAGGCGGCUCUCGAAAGUCUGGGGACGAUGCAGCCGAUACCCGUGUGAUACUGUUUGCCACCGAAGGAGCAGGGAUCGACCAACCCAUGUCUGUUGGCGAGAUGAUUAAUGGGUUCUUCAACUUUGAGCAGAAUAUGGAUCAGAACUUCUGCAAAGCAUUUGCUCGCUUGGAUCUUGGACUUUCGCGGACUAUCCCAACCCUGUCAUUCAAACCGUCGCAGAUCAGGCGCAUGCCAGACACUUAUGCGGACCGUACUCCAGAGGCCCAGGAAUUCAACGACGCAACACUCGACUGGACAGAGCAGUACGAUAGGACACCAGUGAUGAACGACGGUUGUGCGAGAGUCUCUGUAGGCGCUGCAUUGUUAAUAUGGAAAUUCUGCCAAGAUGCGACGGGUUCAGACGAGCCUCUUCCGAGUACUUUACAAGGACGUAUUGGUGGUGCCAAAGGAAUGUGGAUGAUCAGCGCUGAGCCACACACGAGGGAUCCUGCUCAUCUUGAUAUCUGGAUCGAGGUAACAGACAGCCAGUUAAAGUUUGAGCCAGCACAGGAAGAUCAAGCCGACGACAGACCGUACAACAGCCACAGACUGACGUUCAACUAUAUCAAGCACAGCUUUGUCAACGGCUCGUCCGACCUGCACAUAUCUUUUAUUCCCAUAUUGGUUGAUCGGGGCGUGCAGAAGAGUACCAUUGCAAAACUCAUGAUCAGCCGCCUCGAUGAUGAGCGCAAACAGCUGCUAGAGAUGUUGGAUGACCCUGUUCGACUGCAUAAUUGGGUCACCAAGCAAGGUUCCGCUACUCCGGCACUUGGGAUACUCCCAUGGCAAGCUGCUCUUCCGCUGACGCUGCCUGAGAAGGCAAAGCUUCUUCUGCGCACUGGUUUCCAACCGUAUCAGAGCCCUUUCCUUGCUAGAACCUUGAAGCGCUUUGUUCAACAACGACAGUUAUGGAUGGAAGAGAAGCUUCGUGCUCCACUCGGCAGAGCCACAUAUUUGAUAGGACUCGCAGAUCCGCUGGGUAUACUGAAACCUGGCGAGGUUCAUGUGCAAUUCUCGAAACCCUUUUUGGACGAAUAUGGUCGGAACACGUACCGCAACCUUGCGGGCGAGGAAGUUGUGAUCACUCGGCAGCCUGCGUGUCGCCGUUCGGACAUGCAGAAGAUGCGCGCCGUAUCUCACCCACAAUUAUCGCAUCUCGUCGACGUUGUUGUGUUUUCAUCAAGGGGGAUAUAUCCAGCUGCCGGUAAGCUGCAAGGUGGAGACUAUGAUGGAGAUACCUUCUGGGUCUGUUGGGAGCCUGAUCUCGUCGUUCCAUUUCUCAAUGCUCCUGCACCUUUGAAUGAUCUAGAACCCCAAAAGUACGGGAUCAAGAAAGAUACGCGAAAGCUGACAGAUAUUAUGAAUCCCCAUGACCUAUCCACUGUCGAUAAUCUGCUUAAGGAAGCGCUUGAAUUUCGUAUGACUCAAUCAUUACUUGGAAAAGCGACGACCUUCGCUGAGAAAGUUGCAUACAAAGAGAAUCGAAUCUAUUCAGAGAGAUUGAAUGCUCUUUAUGAUGUGCACGACCUUCUGGUUGAUGCACCAAAGCAAGCAUACAGGUUCGACGACGAAGAUUUCAGUCGCCUUGUCAGACAAGAACUCCGUUGCGGGAAUCCAAAGAAACCGGCAUACAAAAAUGCAAUGGAAGCAAGUGCCAAAUCCAAAGCCAUGGGAGACGAAGGAAAUGACACCCUGAAGGGCCUGAAACACAAACCCGACAAUGUAAUCGAUUACUUGUACUUCGAAGUCGUGAAAAAGCACAAUACCGAAACGCGAAAGGCGUUCAAGAACGCUUUGCCGAAGGAAGAUGACGACGAUGCAGAUCUUCGCGUACCGUUUCUCCAGCUGAAGAACAUGGAUGACACAGUGCUUGAUAGUGAAAUUGAUCGCCUUCUCACAGGCAUUGGCAAAGUCAUACAGGAUUGGAACCGCAGCUUAGGAGACAAGUCCGAGCUCCAACCCGACAAGUACAACAAGCUCGUGGACACCUGCUUCAAUAAGUUCAGAGCUCUCAUGCCGUCUCCGGCCAACGCAUCGCACCCUCAAAUCGCGCCUUUGAUCUUCCCGUAUUUCGGUCCAAAGCAUCCGACCCUCUGGGAAACUAUCCGAGCAUCCGCGCUGUACACUGCCAAUCCGAAGAAACAUGCCUUCGUAUGGAACAUGGCCGGUCGCGAACUUGCGAGGUUGAAAGCCGCAACCAAUGCAGACACAUAUAGCAUAGUUCCAGCUGUGUUUGCGGACAUGAAGACCAAGCCCACCAAGGUCGUCAGACCAGACGACGGAGCCGAAGACAGCGAAGACGAUUUUGGGAGCGCGUUGGAGCAGGUUACCGGCUGA